GUGAGUGUGAAAAAGGGUUCAUCUUUUCUUCUUCUACUGUAAAAGGGAGAAGCUUGUGCUGGAAAACCAUUAAAGGGCUGUGAGUCUGCACAUCUCGGAAUUGGAGCAAGGGUUGUACCUCUGCAUUUCAAGAAAGUGGGAAAGAUUGAAUCUUGGCGAAAUGGGAGGUUGUACUUCUUGAAGAAAGCGACGUACCUUCCCACCUUCCCAUUCAAGGAAGAAUUCUGUGCUUCUUAGGUUUUGGGUCAUUGCUAAAAAGGAGAAGCUUUUGCAAUGCUGAUGGAGGGCAGGUGGGGAGUUGGGUUUUGGGGUGUAAUGCUGUGUUUGGCUGUGUUUGUGGGGUGCAGCUGUGCUCAGGGUGAUGCAGAUAAUGUUACUGCUGUGUAUAUUGUCACUCUCAAACAAGCCCCAGCUUCUCACUUAUAUGAUGAGCUUAGAGUUAAGAAGGGGCACCAUGUUAAAGGCAAUGGGUCUGAGGGAAUGAGUAGAUUUGAUAAACCUGCAAGAAAUGCGUCAAGGACGGAUAGGGGCCAUAAGCCAUACGUAGACCGUGUGCAUGAUUCUCUGUUAAAACAAGCAUUGAGGGGUGAAAGCUAUCUAAAGCUCUACAGCUACCGUUACCUAAUCAAUGGAUUUGCUGUGCUUGUCACUCAGCAGCAGGCUUACAAGCUGUCAACGAGGAGCGAGGUGUCGAAUGUGGUAUUGGAUUUCUCAGUCAGGACUGCUACUACUCAUACACCACAGUUUCUUGGUCUUCCUCAAGGUGCGUGGGCACAAGAAGGCGGAUUUGAUACAGCGGGAGAAGGGAUUGUCAUUGGAUUUAUCGACACUGGGAUUGAUCCCACACACCCUAGCUUCUCUGAUAAUUCGCCUGACAAGCCAUACCCCGUUCCACAGCACUUCUCAGGAAUCUGUGAGGUCACACGAGACUUUCCAUCCGGAUCCUGCAACAGAAAGCUCGUUGGGGCUCGCCAUUUUGCAGCCUCUGCGAUCACUAGAGGGAUUUUUAAUGCCACACAGGACUAUGCUUCGCCAUUUGAUGGUGAUGGCCAUGGGACGCACACAGCGGCUACUGCAGCAGGAAAUCAUGGAAUUGAAGUUGUGGUAGCUGGACAUACCUUUGGAAAUGCCAGUGGAAUGGCUCCUCGUUCGCACGUUGCUGUUUAUAAGGCGUUAUACAAGAGCUUUGGAGGCUUCGCUGCAGAUGUGGUUGCUGCCAUAGAUCAAGCUGCACAGGAUGGAGUGGACAUAAUAAGCUUGUCGAUAACACCAAACAGGCGACCUCCCGGCAUUGCCACUUUCUUUAAUCCCAUAGACAUGGCUUUGCUAUCGGCCGUCAAGGCAGGGAUUUUUGUUGUGCAGGCAGCAGGAAACACCGGGCCGUCUCCCAAGAGCGUCUCUUCUUUUAGCCCGUGGAUCUUCACCGUUGGGGCUGCAACUCACGACCGGACCUAUAGUAACUCUAUAGUCCUUGGCAACAACAUCACAAUCUCUGGAGUCGGACUUGCUCCUGGGACCGAUGAAGGCUCAAUGUACACGUUAGUUUCUGCUAUCCACGCCUUAAACACAACAACAGCAGCUGCGAAUGACUUGUAUGUUAGCGAAUGCCAAGACGCCAGCAACUUCAAUCAGAGUGUUGUCAAAGGGAAUCUUCUGAUCUGCAGCUACUCUAUUCGGUUCGUUCUCGGCCUCUCCACCAUCAAACAAGCCCUAGAGACCGCAGACAACCUCAGUGCAGCUGGCGUCGUGUUCUACAUGGAUCCAUAUGUUAUCGGCUUCCAGCUCAACCCAGUCCCAAUGAGGAUCCCGGGUAUUAUAAUCCCAUCACCAGACGAUUCAAAAAUCUUUCUACAUUAUUACAAUUCUUCUUUGGAGAGAGAUGAUAGCUCAAAGGAAAUAGUUAGAUUUGGGGGAUUAGCAAGUGUUUCUGGUGGAAUAAAAGCAAAUUUCAGCCACUCUGCUCCUAAGGUUAUGUAUUAUUCUGCUAGGGGGCCAGAUCCAGAAGACAAUUCUCUUGCUAACGCCGACAUACUAAAACCGAACGUCGUUGCACCCGGGAACUUCAUAUGGUCUGCGUGGAGCUCGCGUGGCCAGGAGUCUAUCGAGUUUCGAGGUGAGAGCUUUGCAAUGAUGUCUGGAACAAGCAUGGCAGCUCCUCACAUUGCUGGACUUGCAGCCUUGAUCAAGCAGAAGUUCCCUUCUUUCUCUCCGUCCGCGAUCGGAUCCGCCCUCUCGACAACGGCAUCCCUCAACGACAAAAAGGGUGGGCCGAUCAUGGCCCAGCGCGCCUACACCAACCCCGACGUGAACCAGUCUCCGGCCACUCCCUUCGACAUGGGGAGCGGAUUCGUCAAUGCCACCGGAGCGUUGGAUCCCGGCCUCAUUCUUGAUUCGGGCUAUGAUGAUUACAUCUCGUUCCUGUGCGGAAUCAACGGCUCGUCUCCUGUAGUCCUGAACUACACGGGAACGAGCUGCGGGGGUCCGACCUUGAACGCCACCGACCUCAACCUGCCCUCGAUCACGGUAUCGAAGCUGAACCAGUCCGUGACCGUGCAGCGAGUCGUGACAAACGUCGGUGGCAACGAGACAUACAGCGUCGGGUGGACCGCGCCUUAUGGAGCCUCGGUGAAGGUGACGCCGGCGCACUUCUCGAUCGGCGGUGGAGAGAAGCAGGUGUUGAGUGUGUUCAUUAGCGCCACCAUGAACAGUUCAGUGGCAAGCUAUGGGAGGAUAGGGUUGUUUGGGAAUCAAGGCCAUUUGGUUAAUAUUCCUAUCUCUGUUAUUCUCAAAAUUUCAUACAAUAACACUGCUGGCUGAUUAGUGAUUACACCACCUUAUUAUAACUCUAAACAACAUUUUGAUUUUUUGAUUGGUUACUCUGUAAAUUCUUUGAGAUGCAGAAAUAGUAGUUGCCUGUUGACUGUCAUCAGCCUUUGUAGUAGUAUAUGUUAUUGUUCAUUAGUGCUACCAAAAUCUUUCUUUU